UUCUUAGCGGGGUCUGAUAUCAUGAGUCUUUUCUUUUUGAUCUGGGGGGCAGGCGCCACCAUCCUUACAAUAUCUUUUAUUAUUUCUUUUCCUUUGUGCCUUUCUGGAAUUCUUGUUAAUGAGAUAGUAAAAAAUCCUCAAUUGGUUUUCUGUAUCUCUUAACUUUUUUUUUUCUCAUUUUCCCUAUUUUUGUCCGUUUCACCUACUCCACGUCUUUCUCUUAAAUUGUUUUAAUUUUGCUAAUCACAAUUUUAAUUUCCAAUGAUUAUUUCUUACUCCUCUGAUUGCUCCCUUUCCAUAGCAGUCUGUUGUUGUUUUAUAGGUGUAAUUAUCUUCUUAGAUUUAUCUGAGAAAACUAAUUACAAUUUCAAAAAAUUCUUUGAUUAUCUCAGUUUCCUGCUGGGUCAUUCCCCUCUCCCCCCCCCCCUUUUUUUUUUACUCCUUCUAUUUUGUAUUUUGGCUUUCCAAAAUAUUUGAUGACCCUUUAUUGUGUAUACAUAUUUAUGAAUGAAGGCUUGGUAGCCAGUGGGGUUUCCUCUGUUGCUUGGAAUGGACUCUGCCUGAACCUGUCCUUGUUCUCUGAGUGUUGUGGUCUGCUGCUGUUUUAUCUAUAAAUACUGUCCCAUCCACUGUCUGCCUUACAUAAAUUACAUCUCUUGCUGUCUUCUCCUCAGUGCUAUAAUGGAUUUUCUUUUUUGGGGCUUCUUUACUUUCAUAUAAAUGGGAUUUGAGGAAGGUAAUGUGUAUGCACAGUCUCACACUGAAUUUUAACGGGUGUUUAUUACUGCUUAUUCAGCUCUUGAUUUUCUGUAUUCUGCUUUAAAGAAAACAAGAAAGACACUUAACUUUCUUAUAUAACUUUUACUUAACUUGAAUACCAAAAGCCCCAGGCCUGCCCAAGUUCUGGGUCUUGCAUUUCCUUUGCCUGUUUCAGGCCUCCUAACAGUAACUUCGCUGUAACUUCGCACUCAGAAAGCAGUAGUUCACUUCCUUCCUUAGCACUGGUUUGAUGGCUCUCAUCUGCUUAAUUUCUGUGUUUCCUUUUUCAUUAGGAAUAACUUGACCUUCUGUACCUGUAUCUUUCUGCCAGUCAUAUUUGUAAGCUGAUUUGCAGUAUUUUGUUUUUCUUCUUAACUUAGAGAAUAGGGAAGAACAGAAAAGGAGGGGCUUAAAACAAAGCUAAAGGGCUGACGUCUGAGUCUGGGUAAGGUGCUGAGAUUGCUAACUUUUCUGUGGUACGCACAGCUCAGCCUCCUGCCUGAGUGAUUCAGCCUAGCGAACAGUGGUUUCUUUCACCAGGAUCCUCUCUUCCCACCUGGCAUCUUUGUGGACAUUUUAACAUUCAUUCAAACAGAAGAAUUUUAGGAAACAGGAUGGGAAUGAUAGAGCUAAGAGAAAACUGUAAGCCAUGCUCUCUGCCUCAGGGAGUUUGUGGACCGGUCGGGGAUGCUACAUUUAGAGCACGUGAAACAAUCAGUGAUCAACUCAUGCGGUGCAGAAUUGUUAGGUUGUAUGUUAACUCUAAAUGUAGUAAGGGCUCUGCACCAGUUAGGAGAAGUGAGGGCUUGCGUUGGGCUUCAAAUGGGUAGAGUUGAGGAGUAAGAAGCCUGACAGUCUGAGGCGUGGAGAAGCUUGUGGGAGCCAACGUUCAGAGAUGAAGCAAGGACUCCAGGAGAAGCAAGUAGAAUGACUGAAGAUUACUGAAACGGGUGAUUGCCCACAGUCAGUAUCAAAAGUCCAAAAGAAUUUCCAUCUUUCUGAGCAUGCAAGAUGAAAUCGAGACAGAAGAUAUCAUCAGGGACAUUUUCCAACAAGGCAAGACCUGCUUUAUCCCUCGGUACCGGUUCCAGAGCAAUCACAUGGACAUGGUGAGGUUAGCAUCCCCCGAGGAGAUCUCUUCACUUCCCAAAACGUCCUGGAAUAUUCAUCAGCCCGGUGAGGGUGACAUGCGGGAGGAGGCCUUGUCCACAGGGGGACUUGAUCUCAUCUUCGUGCCGGGUCUGGGCUUUGACGCACACGGCAACCGGCUAGGGAGGGGCAAGGGCUACUACGACACCUACCUGAAGCGCUGUGGGCAGCACCAGGACGUGAAGCCCUAUACCCUGGCCCUGGCUUUCAAAGAACAGAUUUGCCCCCAGGUCCCCGUGGAUGAAAAUGACAUGAAGGUAGAUGAAGUCCUUUAUGAAGACUCCUCAACGUGUUACAUCAGAUGACUGCAGCUGAAUAAUCAGUAUUUCAUACGAGAGCAAAACAAAAUAUGUGCAUUUUUGCCUUGUCAAAAAUGAGUUGAAAUUGCACAUUAAUGUGAAAUGGACUGUGAUUUUAAAAUGUGAUUAUAAAAUACCUAACAGAAAGCUAUCUUUAAAAAUUAAUAGAAGUGUGAACAGUAGAAUAUUAAUUAAAAUAGAAGCUAUCACCAUAUGAUUUUCAG